AUGGCUGCUCCUCAGGGCCUUCCUAAGCCUCCUACUCCAGAUGCCCCCACUGCAAGUGCUCCAGGUGCUCAGGCUGGUCCGGCCGGCAAUGGCGGCAAUGGUGGUACCGGAGAUUUUGAGGUGCAGCCCGCAUAUCAAUACCAAAAGGAUGCCACGCUCUCACAGAUCUUUGGCGGUAAACAUGUGGUUCCCGGGAGAGAGCUGCUGGACGCGAUCAUGAAGACAUACAAGGUGCCAUCAAACAAGACAUUGCCUUGGUACCAGGGGACGCAGCGGAUGAUUUCGCGGCAUCCUCUCAACAAUCGGAGACAGGACACUGUUUUGGCCACCUAUACCAAGUCCGUGCAGCAAAAGGGAAUCGUACGUGGAGUGAGGGGCGAAUGUUGGCUUCAAGCUCCUGAUACAGAUUCUGGUGAGACAAGUUAUUUGGCCCUGACAUUUGCCACGCUGAGCGAAGCUUUUUACAGGGCCUAUGAAUCGGCAGAUCGAGAGAACUUUCCGAACUUAUUGAUCACCGCAAAGUAUGGCUUGGAUGUGAUUGUCUUUGAUUACCGAACACCUCAAUCUGUUUUGCAGUUCCUGAUUACGUAUCGCAACGCAUUCCACCAGGGUGCGCCGACAUCCUUCAUGGAGAUGGUGCUCAAAGUCCCUGAGGUUGAGCGAUGCUGGCAAAACUUCAAGCUCGCAAAUGGCAUCUCUACAAGACAGUCUGACUAUGAGACAAAGUACAGGGAGAUGUUGCAAUCUCAGUAUCCUGCCACGUGGUCAUCUUUCCGUGCGUUCGAAGCUACACGUCAGCUAUACAACUUGCUGUCUAAAGUGGGGUGCAUUGUGGAGUUGAAAACCUUUGUCUCGGACAAGUGUGACUUCUUGCAUCAAGAGCUAGCUCAUGAUGCGGUGAUCUUCGUGAUGAAGGACGUCCUCACAGCCCUUCCGCAAGUGUUCAACAUCAUGGCGGAUUCAGAGAAGCAAGCGCUUGUUCUCGAAGCCCUCUGCUUGUGCGACACUUGCCAUGUUUAUACAAACUUUGUCCGACCUAACUGUGAAAGCGUUGAGUCGUAA